AUGCUGAUUCGUUCUCGUCUCAAUGACCAGCCCCCCAAAGUCAAGGCCGGUUCCCGCAAGAAGCCCGCACCCGCACCAGGUGCUGCUGGCAAAGCUGCAAAAAUCACAAAAAAUCCUCUCUUCGAGGCAAAGCCGAAGAACUUUGGCAUUGGCCAACAUAUUCGUCCUAAGACCGAUCUCACUCGCUUUGUCAAAUGGCCCGAGUACAUCCGCCUUCAACGCCAGAAGGUCAUUCUUUCUCAACGCCUGAAAGUUCCUCCUGCUAUUGCCCAGUUCUCCCACACUCUGGACAAGACCACUGCUACACAGCUUUUCAAGCUCCUCAACAAGUACCGCCCGGAGAGCAAGGUCGAGAAGAAAGAGCGUCUCGAGGCCCUAGCCAAAGCUGCCGCUGAGGAAAAGGAACCUGCCAAAGUUAUUGAUAUAGAUGAUCUACAGGACAAGAAACCUCUUUUCGUCAAGUACGGUUUGAACCACUGCGUCGCUCUCAUCGAGGCGAAGAAGGCGUCCCUCGUAAUCAUUGCUCACGACGUCGACCCCAUUGAGUUGGUUGUCUUCCUUCCCGCUCUUUGUCGCAAAAUGGGUGUCCCCUAUGUCAUCGUCAAGGGCAAAGCCCGUCUGGGCACUGUGGUUCACAAGAAGACCGCCGCCAUUCUCACUCUCCAAGAUGUCAAGAGCGAAGACCAGCGCGAGCUUGCAACCCUCGUCAGUGCCGCCAAAGCCAACUUCACUGACAAGUACGAAGAUCAACGCCGUCACUGGGGUGGUGGUCUCCGUGGAUACAAGUCCACUCAAAUGAUGCGCAAGCGCGCAAAAGCUGCUGGUCUGGACUCCAAGGCUGCUGCUCUUGGCAAGCUGUAA